AUGCUGGACUGGCUGGAUGCGGGGCCACUCGACUACGGCAGCCUUACGGGGGCCUUUGCUCCCUGGGCUCGGGGCACCGGGUCGGAUGCGCAGGUUUCGGAUGACCGGAGCCCGACAUCGGACAGCGACACUGAUGGGUCGCCUGCACCUGAGGAGGCCGCCAAGAAGGCGGCUGCCCAGGCGCCUGCGGCAGGACCUGGGCAGGAGGUGCGCCAACGUCGCCGCCUGCUGCCCGAGUGGUUAAAGAGAACUGCUCCGUCUGAGGAGGAGGAGGCCUUGUCCGCCACCCCCCAGACCUGCACUUCCACCGACGGCUCGGAGGUGCACAUCAGCGGGCCCCUCAUCCGAGUAAAGGGCUGGUGGCGCAAGGGCCCGCGCUUCGACCAGCGCUUUGCGGAGAUUCGGACUGGCGAACACAGCCAGAUCGAGCUGACCUGGAGCCGCAUGGAGAAGGGGCUGAAGAGGAUUCCGCUGCAGGGCGUGGCCGUGGAGUCCUUCGCUCUCGAUGGCCUCUUCGGCUUUCGCCUGUUUCCGCUCCCCCAGGACGGCGAGCCCGUGGACCUUGCCACCAAGACUGCUGCCGAGCGGGACUUGUGGACGAAGGCCAUCACCAUGGCUGCCGCCCAGCGACCGCUGGAUGGCCCAGUGGCGGGUACACUCAAGGUGACUUUGCUGGAGGCCGCUGUGCGCCAGGAGACGACGUGGAGGCGGCAGUCGCUCGCGCCCGGCCCCCCGCUCUUCUGCGUGGUGGCCUGUAACGGUAUGGCCUCACGCACUCUGCCGCGGAGGCCGCAGCAGCUCAGCCCAUCUGGGGAUGGCCUCACGCUGCAGGGAGAUGAGCUGGAGUUUCCCCUGGAGGAUGACGACCCAGACUCCCUGAUCCAGGUGGAGGCCUGGAGUUCAGAUGGCCGCAGCCGCGGAACCCUGCGGGGCCGGGUGGAUGUGCCGCUGUACUGCGCGGGCAGGAACUGCAUGAGGGAGCUGCAGCUCCCGGUGCGGGACCUUCACCGGCCGCGGGGGGAGGGCAGCCAGGUGGGCAGCGUGCGUCUGGAGGUGGGCUUCUACCAGGACCUGGGCGGUCUGCUCUUGCCACGGCCGAGCAAGCAGGCCAGCACUGCCUGGCCCGUGGGUGGCGAUAAGGGCCUCCGGGAGCAACUCCGGGAGCUGGAGGCCUUCAUGCAGCAGUUUGAGGUUUUCUCGAGCCGCUUUGGCAACCAUUGCGACACCUCGCGGAGCCUGUCCAUGGAGUAUCGCCUCAUCAUACAGUGGGACAACCCCCUGCUGACCCUUCUCUGCCUCAUCGCGCUGACCAUCCAGAUCGGCUUCUACCAUGAGUACAUCUUGCCCGUGGUGGUCUUCCUGGUCCUCGGCGUUGUGCUCUGGUACCAUCCUCUCCUGCAAUCCAGCUGGAGCUGGCUGGAGCAACUCUUGUGGGAGGAGUCGUGCUUCCGGCGCUCGCGCGCCCAGCCACGCAGCAGCCGCACUUGCUCUGUCAGCUCCCUGGAAGGUGCCAAGCAACCGCCCAGCGAGUGCCCGGCAGAGGAUGCGGCCGCUGAGGUCAAGGAGCGUUACGAGAAUGAGCGCCGCCUGGUGCUUGGCAGGUUCACCUCGCGCCGGCUUCGGCUCUGGGAUCCUCCGCCUUGGAGUGAUGCAGCCGGCCGUCGCGUGGAUCCCCCGAAGCCGUUCGAGGACGGCGUGCAGUACUCCUGGCGCGUGGAGGUGAACGGCUACACUGAUAGCGACGGUUGGCGCUACGCGCGGAACUUCGGGCGUGGAUCCCAGUGGAGGAAUGCCUUCCAGCCGCAGAUGUUCGUGCGCAGACGGUGCUAUGUCGGACGGCCACUUAACGCAGAGUCUGUGAAGCCGCGGGAAGCAUCCACGGCGCUGCCAGGCUGUGUCGAGACAGAGACUGGCGUGAAGGCUGCCAAGGCUCUGAUUCCCCGUUCUUCCUUGUCCUCUUUAUCGUUUUCGCAACUGGCACCGAAGACGUCCUCGCCCCGAGUAGCCGAGGUUGCAGGCACUCCGGCUUUCCCUGUGCAGGAGGAAAGCCGUGAGUCCAACGAGGCGGCGAAGGGCAUGGAGUUCGGCAUCGCCCGGACGCCCUUCCACGACAUGUUCCAGCAGUACCUUCUUCGCUGGGCGUUCCUGCAGCGUCAGAUCGAGUAUUGGAUGGACUGGUACGAGCGGCGAAAGAAUCUUCUGCUGGGGGCGACGCUGCCCACACAGAACUUCGCGCUGCUGUUUGUCUUCCUUCUCCUGGUGGCGGCCUGUUGGCUGCCCACGCGGUGGCUUUGCCUAUCGGCCAUCUACGCCAUCUUCUGGGAUGGCUUGGCCAUCGGCCGCCUGAUGCGAGAGAACCGGGUCAUCUUCCUGGCCUCGUUGAAGGACCAUGCGCUGGCAGAGUGGCUGGAUACGGACGAGUCCAAGACCAGGGCAGCCAGCUGGACUCUGCGGACAAGCCUUGAUGAACUCGUGGACGAAGGCAUCCAGCACCUGAAGCUGCGGGACUGGAUCCGGCAAGAGUUCUAUGCGGGGAGGCCAAUGUUGCCGCUGAGGCUGAUCCAGAGAUGCCGCACGCUGCGGGAUCUCGCUUCCCACGUGACCUUCACGUCGGACAACUUUGCCAAGAAGCGCCAGCGUGCACGGGUGUGGUAUCGUUCCACGCUGCGCAACCUCCUGGACCACGUUCCUUCCGACAUCACGAAGUUCCAGCCGUUCACCUGCCAAGGACUCGGGGAUGGCGCCAGCGCCCAGCGGAAUGCGGCUUGUGAUUGA